AUGGAUACAUUUACCAUUGCGGUGAAUGGUGUCUCGCACACGGAGGAUGGAGUAACACCGCAUGAUCCCUUUGCUGCUCCACUUAAAUCCAUCGCUCCUUGGAACUUCAAGUUAUUGGCAACGCUGAUGUUUAUUGUCACGUCUUUAUCUUUGUCUGAAAAUUUCACUGUAAUGCUGGUUACCUUUAAGUUCAAACAAUUAAGACAGCCUCUGAAUUACAUCAUUGUCAAUCUGUCUGUCGCGGAUUUUCUCGUGUCACUUAUCGGUGGGACCUUAAGUUUUCUUACCAACGCGAACGGCUAUUUCUUCUUGGGAAAAUCAGCUUGCGUCGUGGAAGGAUUCGCUGUCACGUUUUUCGGAAUAGUGGCUUUGUGGUCCCUGGCUGUACUGGCCUUUGAACGGUUCUUUGUAAUCUGCCGUCCACUGGGGAAUGUUCGCCUGAGAGGGAGACACGCCACACUGGGUCUCUUAUUUGUCUGGACGUUCUCCUUCAUCUGGACCAUUCCCCCUGUACUUGGCUGGAGCAGCUACACUGUUAGCAAAAUUGGUACCACCUGUGAACCCAACUGGUAUUCUGGAGAUUAUUCAGAUCACACCUACAUUAUCGCUUUCUUCACGACAUGCUUCAUCAUGCCUCUUGGAGUUAUCUUUGUCUCCUAUGGGAAGCUAAUGAGAAAACUGAGGAAGGUGUCUAAUGCUCAUGGCAGACUGGGCAAUGCAAGGAAGCCAGAUCGGCAGGUGACGCGCAUGGUUGUGGUGAUGAUCGUCGCCUUCAUGGUUGGCUGGACGCCGUAUGCUGCCUUCUCGAUCGUGGUCACGGCCUGUCCCACCCUCCAUCUCGAUCCCCGUCUUGCUGCAGUUCCUGCAUUCUUUGCCAAAACAGCCGCUGUCUAUAACCCAGUCAUCUACAUCUUUAUGAACAAACAGUUCCGGACGUGUCUUAUUCAGCUGUUUAAAUGCAAUGGGGACACCUUGGAGCCGAACCCUAACCAAACUGUGGACAGAAGGGGCGGGACUGAUGAGAACAAUACAGGAGAGAUAACCGCCAUCGCAGCCCGGAUCCCCAUGGCAGAGGAUGCCGCGCAGAUGGACAGGAAGUCCAGUGACUGUGGCUCUUUUGUUCAGCUUCCUGUACCUGAGAACAAAGUCUGCCCAAUGUAGUGGUAACCAUACAGGCCGCCAUGUUCACCAACCAGCUCUCUCAUCUGUGCGGACAGCACCAUGUUUUCUCCCAGUCAAAGGGUAUCCAAUUAAAAGUUUCUGAAUUUCUAAACAUUCCAGCUACAAAAGAGGAGAAGUAAGUGGGCAAAUUAAAGUUUGUACCUUUAAUUGCUGGUUAGACUAAAAUGAGCAAAGGAUAGUGCUCAAAUGGGGCAUCAAACAUCCAGAAACGUCUUGUGUAACAUAUUAAAAUAACUAAUUCUGAAACCACAGUUGUAAUUAAAUGACCGUUUUACCUUAAGAAAAAAAAUGCACAGGGAGUUCUUGCUUAAUCCCCAAAUGUAACUCUGCCCCAACAAUGAUCAUCUUGGACAAUAACGGGAGAUGGCUUUGAAGUUUAACUGCAGCAAUAGCAAAUGGUGUAAAGUUUUUUUCCCCGUCUCAGUCCUUUUCCUUUUGAAGAAACCAUUAAUUUUCACAGCAUUAGAAUGUUUUUGUUUCCUAGUCCAAACUGAAUGGAGGAGUUAAAUCCUGGACAUUUUACAUGAGUAAACUAUGUGCAACAUGCAACAUUAGCAUACCAGUAUGAAUAGUUAUUCUCUUCCUAGUAAGUUUUGUAGGAUGAAUUAAAUCUAUGGAGAAAAUUAAACCUACACAUCUUGGUUUGUAAUUUUGAAAUAAAUAACUUGACAUUUAGGAAAAACGUGGUAAGUAAGAUAUACAUUGUAUAUUGAGGGUAACUUUGUAACCAUCGCCAUGCACGCACACAUGCACGCACACACACACA